GAACUGUUUGUCUCUUAUACUUCGCCGUAGAAAAGACGUGUAAACACAGAAGAUUACAAAACUGUUCCAGAAUUCCACCAGUUCAACUCUUUGAGGGUCGGGGAUCUCGUUCUCGCUACAUUUUCUUUUGUUGAUUAGCCUAACAUGGUUGUUGGAGGCGCAUGACACAGAACCUUCCCUUGCUAGAAAAGCUUGAAAUCUAGUUCAGACUGCUAAAAAGGCAGACGUCAGACGUUGAUCACAUUCACUUGACAGGAGCUUGUCGUCUAACGUUAGCGGACAUGGAGGAAGCCAAUCAAGAUGCCUUUGACAGAGCCAGGCUGCAGGUGAUUAAAGACGGCUAUGAGAAGGCCUUUGAGUGCAUCAACAGGGGCCUGACCGAGGAUGAAGCUGGCCACAAGGCCCAGGCCCUGGCCCAGUACACACAGGGACGCCAGCACCUCAUCAGGGCCAUCAGUGUGCCCUCACAGGGGCAUGAGUGUGUGGGGUGCUCCUGGGAGUCAGCCCGCCAGAUGCAGCACAAGAUGCAGGAGACUCUGAACAACAUCACCACUCGAUUGGCGGUCCUAGAGACCAGCCCAGACCCUGAGUUCCCACCACCUCUAGAUGCCUCUAAUGGAGUCCCAGGGACAGCCUCUAACUCAAACCUCUACCCCAAACUGGAGAAGGAGAAACCAGAGCGGCCGUCUCCACCCAAGCUGCUGAUGACUAACCGCCAAGGUGGAGCUGUGGGAGGCAGUGUGUUUCCCUCCUUGCCUCUUUCUCCCACUAGACAGUCUGUGGUGCCUGGCGAGCUGCCCCCAGCCUACUCUUCCCAGGCGGCUGACGGCCACCUGACUAUCUCCUACGGGACAGAGUCUGGAGAAAUGUCGCUGGUGGGAGAGGAGUUCUACAGCCACAUGUCCCCCUCUCCCCCCUCUCCUCAUAGCCUGGGGGAGGAUGGAGAGGAACUCUUCUUCCUGCCUCACGGGGUACAGAUAUUCUUUGUCACACCUGACGGCCAGGUCAGCGCUCCCUCCUACCCAGGGUACCUGCGGAUGGUCAAGUUCACCAGCCAGCAGUCAGAGAGAGUGCCCAACCGGCCCCCAGCCUUCCUGCAGGUGUGUGAUUGGCUGUACCCACUGAUGGCCACUGACUCCCCCGUCCUGCUGUGUAACACAGGGGUGUUCAUGUUCCCCGACAUGAUGGCGUCCGCCCCGGGGUCCUACGUGGGCGUUGUGCUGUCCUCUGAACUGCCUAUAGAAGACAGACAGCUGUUCCAGGACCUGCUGUCCCAGAUGACAGACCUCAGGGUGCAGGCUCCAAAUGAGGCAGCAGACAGCAUCAACCUGAGCCAGAAGGUGUCCAUCGCUCCCCUCGAGGAAGAGGAGGUCCCAGCAGCUGCAGAGGAGGAGGAGAAGAACCUGCCAGAGUGGAGCGAGAAAGUGGCCAGCGGCAUCCUCACAGGGGCAUCGUGGCUGAGCUGGGGCCUGGUGAAGGGGGCUGAGUUCACUGGCAUAGCCAUCCAGAAGGGGGCGUCCAAACUGCGGGAGCACAUCACCCCAGAGGACAAGCCAGCCCACAUCAGCCCCUCUGUCUCCAAGGGACUGCAUGUAGCCAAACAGGCCACCGGGGGCGCUGUCCGCGUCAGCCAGUUCCUUGUGGACGGUGUGUGUAUGGUGGCAGGGUGUGUGGGUAAGGAGCUGGCUCCCCACGUGAAGAAACAUGGAGGCAAGUUGGUCCCGGAGUCCAUGAAGAAAGACAAAGAUGGACGAUCCAACAUUGAUGGAGCCAUGGUGGUGGCUGCCAGCGGAGUUCAAGGCUUCGCUACCAUGUGGACUGGCUUGGAAGUAGCAGCAAAGAACAUCACCGUCUCUGUUGCCUCCGAAACCGUCAACACUGUCAAGCAUAACCCUCCCCCUCUCAACAGUUGGUUGUGUGUGAUUAUAAGGUAUGGGGCUGCAGCCGGCCAGGCCACAGACCAUGCUGUGAACUCAGCCAUUAACAUGGGCGUCACCGCCUUCAACAUUGACAACCUGGGCAUUAAAGCUGUGGUGAAGAAGACUGGCAAACAGACGGCCGUGGCCAUCCUGGAGGACUACCAGCUACGGGACCCUAAUACUAACCAGAAACAAGUAGAGAAACGGGACAAAUAGGCUCCAUCCGGGAACAAGUCUACGUCCCAAUUGGCACCCUAUUCCAUAUUGUCACUACUUUUGACCAGACAAAAUAUAGAGAAUAGGGUGCAAUUUGGGACAGUCAACACCUAACGCCAUGACACUUACCAUAGCCCUUACCCGCAGUGCACUGGUGUAGAUAUGAGAGGUCUGGAUAGGUGUAAGCAAAUUGGCCACUUCUACCUGCAUAGUCUGUCAAAGGGAAAGGCUGAGGUACUACCAUAUUGAUUAAACAUAUCCUAUUCUUUCAGAUCUACCCAAGUGCCUAGAGUAGAGGCUAGGUUUGCUUCCAAAAUGGCACCCUAUUCCUGAUUUAUAGUGCACUACAAAGGGAAUUGGGUGCCAUUUGGGAUGCACCUCAUGUCCUCUUCCUCUCUUUCCUUUAGAGCUUUAAUUACAACACGAUUUGUAUUCUUCUAUAAAGAAAUCUAUCUAUACAUAAAUGCUUUAGUUGACUAAUAGCCUCUAGAAAUGUUACCAGGGUUUGAUACAACUGUUAAGCACUUUAAUCUUCAUAAUGAACGGUAUAAUGACAUUAUAAUAAUGUCAAAUAUUAUAGUAACUAAGAUGGACGGUGUGUAGGUAGGCUGAUGUAUAAUCGCUAAGUUAUUUGUGUACAAUGUUGGUGAGAAGAGGACACCGGAAUUUGAAAAGUCACGUAGGUGAUAUGAAUAUAAACUGAAAGCAGGAUUCUUGCUUAAAUUUCAGAUGGAACUGUUUGUUUCAAGACUACUGCUGUUGACCUAUUGUAGUAACAGUAGUAUUACUGCAGUAGUACUGUUCACAGUUAAUGUAUCUAGAAGUAAAGGUGUAACUGAGGUAGAGUUGCACAAUUCUGGUAACUGUCCCAAAAUCCCCAGGUUUUCCAGAAAUUCUGGUUUUAGGAAUCUGGAUGUUCUGCUUAUUCCCACCUAGUCUCUUUCCCCACCCGUAACCUGAGGCCAGCAUUGGGUUCUGGGUUUCAAGAUGAAUUCACUCCUGAUUCCUGGAUGUUCCAACCAGGAUUUCUGGAAAACCUGGGAAUUUUGCAAAAGUUGCUAGAAAUGUGCAAACCUUAUCUGAAAGUCAAGGUGUAUGAGGGGGAAGAAACGCAGCAGCAUGCUAACUAUGUGCUAUAAUAAUACAUGUUUGGGUUCCUUUAAUCAAUGAAAUAAUGUUAAUGUGUGAAACAAGACGAAACCCAAGCAUGCACCGGAAUAGUUAUAUAGCCAUUGAGGGUACUAUAUCAGAUGGAACAGGGUUCUCUUAAGGUAUACUCUUGUCAUAUGACUUUGUAAUGCAGAGGAAAGAGUCAAUCCAAACAUAGAAGCAGUGGAGGUUUGAACUGGUUUGAGAACGGUCCAUAGUUUGCUUAGUAUGCCUUAAUAACCAGUUACUACAGGCUGUAUGCUACUGUAACCAUAGGCCAAAGCAGCCACCUUACAGAUAGCAAGCCCACGCUACUGUAUUGUCCUGUGGUCCAGUUCAUUAUCUUUGAGAAUCUAUAACCUAUCCUUUCAACUUGGUAUCUGAUUUACUUUUUAAAGCUGUGAUAUUAAUUUUCUAUGAAAGGACAAACUAUUUUUUUUUUUCAUGUGAUGUAAAGAGAAUCAUAUUCAAUGUCAUUAACAUUUGGACAAUUUUUUAACUAUGACAUCUGAAACAAAUAAUUAUGGAAAAAUGACAGAUAUAAAUACAUUAACAGUUUCGGCACAAUUUGAGUGUGUUAUGAUUAGUGUCGUCAUAUAUGUGUUAUGUUGUCAACAUACUGUAUUUAACUUGUAAUGCUGUCUACCAUUCAUUAUUUACCUUGGGCUGAUGUUUAUUCAAUGUGAAUUGUCUUCAGUAAUAUUUCCCCUUCAGGGUUAAGUGAAGGCAAACUGUCUUUUUGUGUGAACUUGAAAUCUCAUGCAGUCAUUAAAUAUACAUCAGCAUUCUCACAAAGUGGUUGUGAUUUUCCGAAUAAUGGCUCUGUGCUUCUGUGGCCCUAUGUGAACAAAUAGUCACAUGGUCUGAUGAUUAACCAAAUAUCUGAUAUGUAAUAAAAAGCUAUAGACGAA